AUGACGAUCACCUACAGCUGCGUUGCUAAUGGCCGGGCGGUCCUGGCGGAGCUGGCCUUGACCGGCGGCUCCCAUCAGGAAGCAGUGGCAAAGGUGCUUAGACAGGUGCUUCUGAAAGCCGAACCAGCAACCAUAAUCCAAAUAGGAAGCUAUGUCUACCAUACUCUCUUUAUUGAUGGAAUCACUUAUUUAUGUGCUACAGACAAUGGCUUGGAUACUAUGGCACCAUCUGCAUUUCUUAAAAAAGUUAGUGAUAUUUUUACAAGAAAUCCUCUGAUGUCACAAGAACGUUUUUUUCCUACAAAUGCACCUGCUACAGAUUUUCAACAAAUACUAGCACAGCACAUGAUGGAAUACAAUAGAAAUCAAAGUGACAACACAGUGUCUUCAGUGAAAAGUCAAGUGACUGACGUAAAAAACAUUAUGUUGAGAAACAUAGAUACAGUUUUAGAAAAAGAAACAGUGACCAUCACUGAAGGAGCAGAGGACCCCCAGGCAACUGCUGAAGAAUUUGAAAAGUCAAGGAAGACUCCCAAGAGAACAUGGUGGAAAUGCUUCAAGACUGUCGUCACCACGCUCACAGUCCUCCUCUCGGUCAUUGUCAUUCUUUUAAGCACACACGUAAUACCCACUUGA